AUGGGAAGCCGAAAUCUACCCUCGCCCUAUCGACCGGGUUCAUUCCACUUCACCAGAGCAUUCAUCUGGCUCUCCAUCCUGAUCGUGACUGGCAUCAUGAUCUAUUUCGUCGUGCACCUACACUCAGACGGCUUCAAGGUUCCCUAUGCAUUUUUGAUCAUCCUAAUAACCUGCCUCCUAACCCUUAUCAACCUCCUCUUCACCACCGUCCUCUACGCCCGCAACAGUCUCCGACCCAUCUUCUCUCUCUCCAUGAACGUGAUCCUCCUCAUCCUCUGGAUCAUCUCCCUCGCCUUUCUGGGGUACAGCAUGCGUGGCACGUUAAUGACAACUUGCAACUUCGAUUCAUGGGGUACAUCCACUGGCGUGAUGGUGUGCAGGGUGUAUAAGACCCUUUUCUCGUUCAUGUUUGUUGCGACUGUGUUUACGUUUAUACAUACUGUUGUCGAUGGAGUUGCGAAGAACGAUCAGAGAAACCUAGAUGUGCUGGCGGUGUAUGAUUCGAUGAAUAAUAAUGGUGGUUACGGGGAGGAUUACAAGAUACAUACGCGGGGCGAGAGUGCAGUCCCUCUUGCGGCGUUUCCUGUUCAUGAAGAGAGUCAUGUUGAUCCUAACGCUGCCCGUGCGGAUGUUUUCAACGCGCUUGGAACGGUUCGACAUGAUAAUACGACGCUAGUGCAGCAGCGACAUCAACAGCAGUUUCAACCUCAGGGCCAUGAUGUAGAUUACUAUGAUGGUGUGCCAGAUGUUCCACCUGCGGCUGGUAUGAGGUGGGCUUCAGCGGCUGCGACGAGACAGACCCCGUACUCGCCGUUGCAUACGAGAUUUGAGGAGCAGCAGACGGGGUACGAGGCGUAUAGGCCUCAUCGGACGCCGUAUGAUGAAGGUGGAUAUGGGUACAGGGGGUAA